CUUUGACUUUUCACCCUUUCAAGUAGCAACGAGCGAGCUAGCGAGCUUGUGUGUGUGUUGGAAAUUACGAAAUAAAUCACAGUUUUUGUCAAAAAUCGAACUUUUGUGUGCCAUCGCGAUUUGCGAACAUUUGCUGAAAUUCCUAAAGAAACCAGUAAAUAAAUAACACAAAUUAGAUAAAAUGGCAGCGGCUUGUGGACGUAUGGCUUUACGUGCGGCGACACGUCAAAAUUUACAAUACACUCCAGUGCGCUUCUGCAAAAUGAUGAAUGAUCCCAUGGAGCAUGCCACCGGUAUAGAGAAGCGUGAACUUUUAGCCAAGGCCGCUGGCAACGAUAAUCCCUUCGACAUGAAAGUGUUCAAACGUGGCGCUGGCACCAAAGAAAACCCCAACCUGAUACCAUCAGCAUUUGAUGCCCGUAUUGUUGGUUGCAUCUGCGAAGAAGAUCAAACCUACGUGCAAUGGAUGUGGCUGCAAAAGGGCACAUCAAAACGUUGCGAAUGCGGUCAUUGGUUCAAAUUGGUUGAGAAGGCUCCUGUCUAAAUCAAAUUAUAUAUAAUUGCAAGUUUCAUUUUACUAAGCAAAAAGUAACCAAAUAAAUUCACAAAACCAACAAAAACAACAACAACCCUGAAGUAGUAGUGAAAUAAAGGGGCAAACUUAGGAAACUUUAAGCCAGAAUUUGCAAUGCUAUGUUGAAAGCUGCUUUCGUGAAGCCGAGAAUUCAUCACUGGCAUAAUAUUAAAAAUAAUUAAUAAUUAAAUAAUGAGCACUGUAAUAUUUAAUGUUAAGUGAAUUUAAUGAAAAGUAAAACCAUCAACAACAGGUUUUAUUCGCAAA